AUGAUCCUCGAGGAGAGGCCGGACGGCCCGGGAGACGGCGAGAACAGUGCCCGGCUGCAGAGCCGUGACCUCCUGGAGCAGUCCCAGCCCAGCCGCCUGCAGAGCCGCAGGGCCCGCGUCCACCAGCUGAUUGACAAGGAGCUGCACAUUCGGACCGGCGCCGAAAACCUGUACCGAGCCACCAGCAACAGUCGGGUCCGGGAGACAGUGGCCCUGGAGCUGAGCUACGUCAACGCCAGCCUGCAGCUGCUGAAGGAGGAGCUGGAGGAGCUGGACAGCAGCGUGGGCGCGCCCCGGGGCCAGGGGGACAACGUCAGCAUCCCCAUGAUCCCCCUGGGCCUGAAGGAGACCAGGGAGCUCAACUGGGCCACGCCCCUGAAGGAGCUGAUAACAGAGCACUUUGGUGAGGAUGGUGCCUCCUACGAGGACGAACUCAAGCAGCUGGACGACCUGAGGCAGGCCAUUCGGAUGCCCAGCCGCGACCAGGCGGGCCUGGAACUGCUCAUGGCCUACCACAACCAGCUCUGCUUCCUGGAUGCCCGCUUCUCCGCGCCCGCCAGGAGCCUGGGCGUGCUCUUCCACUGGUACGACUCCCUCACAGGGGUCCCGGCCCAGCAGCGGACCCUGGCCUUCGAGAAAGGCAGCGUACUUUUCAACAUGGGUGCCCUCUACACCCAGAUCGGGGCCCGCCAGGACCGUUCGUGCGCCGAGGGCACCGGCCACGCCAUCAAGGCCUUCCAGCAGGCCGCAGGGGCCUUCGGCUUCCUCAGGGAGAACUUCUCCCGCGCACCGAGCCCCGACAUGAGCCCCGCCACGCUCCAUGUGUUUGAGCGGCUCAUGACCGCACAGGCUCAGGAGUGUGUCUUCGAGGGCCUCUCCCUGGCCGCUCCCGGCGCUCCCCACGACAGCCCGACCCAGCUGCACCUGGCCCAGGAGGCCGCCCAGGUGGCAGCCGAGUAUGACCUUGUGCACCGGGCCCUGGAGCAGCCGCCUGCCUGUGACUGCGUGCCGCACUCCUGGGCCACCCUGGUGCAGGCCAAGGCUGAGUACUUCCGUGCCCUGGCCCACUUCCACACAGCUGUGGCCCUCUGCGACAGCCCAACACCCACUGAGGGAACGCUCCCCGGGUACGAGCAGGUCUGUGGGCUGUCCUGGGCCUCUGAGCUGCCACAGGACCCAGAGGGCAGGAGGAAGCGUGGCAAGGCCCACCUGAGACGCGCCAUCCUGGGGCAGGAGGAGGCACUGAGGCUGCACGCCGGGUGCCGAGUGCCCCGACAAGUGGACCUGCUACAGGCUGUGGUGGGCCAGGCGCUGCGGCGCUCGCUGGCCAAGUACUCAGAGCUGGACCGCGAGGACGACUUCUUCGAGGCUGCCGAGGCCCCCGACAUCCUGCCUAAAACCCAUCAGAAGCCAGAGGCCAGGACCCCCAACUUCUCCCAGGUGAAGGCAGUAGACAUCUUCCACAGACUGGGGCCACUGUCCCUGUUCUCAGCCAAGAACCGGUGGCGGCUGGUGGGGCCGGUGCACGUGGCCCGAGGAGAGGAGGGCUUCGGCUUCACCCUGAGGGGAGACUCGCCGGUGCUCAUCGCCGCCGUCAUCCCGGGGGGCCGGGCCGCGGCGGCCGGCCUCAAGGAGGGUGACUACAUCGUGUCGGUGAACGGGCGGCCAUGCAAGUGGUGGAAGCACGCGGAGGUGGUGGCGCAGCUGCGGAGCGCAGGCGAGGAGGGCGUGGACUUGGGUGUGGUGACGCUGUCCUCCCUGGAGCAGCCCUGCACGGGGGACCGCCGGCCAGCCCUGCUGAGCCCAGGGGGCCUCCUGAGGAGCCAGAAGGAAUAUGGUCGCGAGUUGCCAGCACCCAACCGGGCCAGCCCCAGGCCCCUCCUGGGCUGGAGCCGCAAAGCCAAGGGGGGCAGGGCCGAAGGCCGUCCCCAGCCCCCCUCAGAGACCACUACGCUGGCCCCUGAUGCUGGUGGACCACCCUCACCCUCUGAGUGCCCGGGCUGGCCGUGA